AAGAGAGAAGAAAAACAAAAAACCCAACCAAACCAAACCAAACUACAAAGACAAGUUCCAAGACACCGCCCAAGAGACACCCGUUCCAGUUUCGUUUUUGGUUUCGUCUUUGUUGUUGUCGUUGUUGUUUUGGAACCGAGACAAAAAAAUGCUGGCAACUCGGCGGAAACAAGCGCAACAAGCACCGACUCGGAUGGUCGCUUCUUCAACCGUGCUGCUCGCAGUGCUGGUAGCAGUGGCAGCACUGACACCAGGCCAUGCCGUCGCGUUCUACCUGCCUGGAACCAACCCCCGCGAGUACCAGGCCAAAGACCCCAUCGACCUCAGUGUUGUCAAGCUCACGUCGGUGCACACCCAGCUGCCGUACGAGUACUACACGCUGCCGUUCUGCACACCGCCGUCGCAAAAGCGCCUCGCCGAGAACAUUGGCGAGAUUCUCGGCGGCGAUCGCAUCAUGGCGUCACUCUACCACGUUCGAAUGAACGAGAAUGUCGAGUUCCAGCUCUUGGACUGUGCCAGCAAGCCCAUGGAGUACACGGCCGAGCAAGUAGACAAGUUUCGGGUGCACAUUCGCGAAGAGUACCGCGCACACUGGCUGCUCGACAACCUGCCCGCAGCGACCGUCAUCAGCAAGCCCGGCGAAUCCCUCAAGUACGCCAUGGGCUUUCCCAUCGGCCAUUUUGAAAAGUCCAACGGCGCUGUCGCCCUGUACAACCACAUUAACAUUUUUGUCAAAGUCAACAAGGACGAGACCUUGGGCCUGAUGCGCGUUGUUGGUUUCGAGGUUGCGCCGCAGUCCAUCUCUGCAGACGGCACCGAGGUCGACGCCACCACCAACAAGGUUGUCAAGAUUAGCGACCGACCGCUCUACCUCAAGACACUCGAAGCAGGCGAGAAGCUCAAGGUCUACUGGACUUACUCUGUUACUUUUAUCAAGUCGGACACGCCGUGGAUGUCGCGCUGGGACACGUACCUUCAAAUGAGCGACGCGCAGAUUCACUGGUACUCGAUUGCCAACUCGAUUGCGAUUGUGGUCUUCCUCUCAGGCAUUGUCGCCUUGAUUAUGGUUCGCACCCUCAACCGCGACAUUGCGCGGUACAACGACGAAGAGUAUCAGGACGCUGUGGAAGAAACUGGCUGGAAGCUGGUCCACGGUGACAUCUUCCGCCCGCCGCGCCGCACUUCGCUUCUUGUGGCGUGCGUUGGUGGUGGCAUCCAGAUCUUUGAAACCCUGCUGGUGGUCAUUACGCUUGCCAUGAUGGGCUUCCUCUCUCCCGCUGCACGUGGCAGCAUGGUGAGCACGGGACUCGGCUUGUUUGUCCUGCUCGGCCUGCCGACUGGCUACUACUCGGCUCGACUCUACAAAACCUUGAAGGGCCAGUACUGGAAGAGCGCCGCGCUGCUUACCUCGGUGCUGUUCCCCGGCAUUAUCUUUUCGACCUACUUCUUCCUCAACUUUUUCGUCUACGCCAAGCAUUCUUCUGGCGCCAUUCCGCUCGGAACGCUCUUCCGUCUGUUGGCAAUGUGGUUUGGAGUUUCCACUCCUUGUGUGUAUCUGGGCGCCAUGCUCACUCUCAAAUUCCUGCGUCCCGACUCGCAGCCCUAUGAAUCGCCUGUCAGAACAAAUCAAAUACCUCGUCAAGUUCCGCCGGCACCCUGGUACAUGAGCUGGCCUGUUAGUGUGUUAUUGACUGGCAUUCUUCCGUUUGGCGCAGUUUUCAUCGAACUGUUCUUUGUCUUCUCGGCAAUGUGGGAAAACAAGUCGUACUACCUGUUUGGCAUCCUUUUCGUGGUGUUUUUGAUUCUGGUCGUGACGUCGGCCCUGAUUACCAUCGUCAUGAUCUACUUUUUCCUGUGUAACGAAGAUUACCACUGGUGGUGGAGGUCAUUCCUGCUUUCGUCGGGCAUGGCCUUCUAUGUGCUGCUCUAUGCCAUUUUCUAUUAUGUCACCCAGCUGGACAUUACCGACGCUGUGUCGGUGAUGCUCUUCUUUGGCUAUGCCUUUAUCAUUGUCGUGACCUUCUGGUUCCUGACUGGCACGGUUGGCUUCUACGCUGCCUACUGGUUUGUGACCCGGAUCUACUCGUCUGUCAAGAUUGAUUGA